AUGAUUGAGGUUUCUGUUUCUGGACAGGCUCUUGAAGACGACGACCCAGUGACUGUGACGUUCCCGUCGACGCUCCGGCGGGUGAUAUUAGAAGCGUGGUGGGAUUUGGGUUUUACUUUUGAUCAGAUCAGUAAAAUUCUCAAAUCUAAGAUCUCUCUUCCUUUCUGCAUCUCUUUCUCCAUACCUUGUGAUCCUUGUAUCAAUAAAAUUUCUAACUGGCUUGACGAGAAAGUAGCUUGUAUACAUAACCUGGAGAAGAAUCUCACGGCUCUGGUGACAUCCAUGGAAGAGCUCAAGGCUAAGCGUGAUGAUCUGUCAAAAAGGGUCACAAGAGGGGAGGAUAGAGGUCAGCAAAGGCUUGCCGAAAUCGAGGUAUGGCUUAAUAGAGUUGCAAGUAUUGAAAAAAGAGUCAGUGAUCUUCUUAGUGCUAGAGAUGAUGAGCUUCAAAAGCUGUGUCUUUGUGGGUUUUGCUCUAAGAGUUUAAGAUCGAGUUAUGGUUACGGGAAAAAAGUUUUCUUGACGUUAAAGGAGGUUGAGACACUCCAUAGUAGAGAAUUUGAAGUGAUUGUUGAGGAAGCUCAAACACCUCGGAUGGAAGAAAGACCUCUUCAACCCACAAUUGUUGGUCAAGAAACGAUGCUUCAAAAGGCAUGGAAACAUCUCAUGGAAGAUGGAGUUGGAAUGAUGGGUUUGUAUGGUAUGGGCGGAGUAGGGAAGACCACACUUCUCACACAGAUCAACAAUAAGUUCAGCGACGUAAGUAGUGGAUUUGAUUUUGUGAUAUGGGUCGUGGUGUCUAAAGAGUUACAUGUAGAGAAGAUUCAAGAUGAAAUUGCUGGGAAAGUUGGUCUUGAUGGAUUUUUGUGGGAGAUAAAAGAUAAGAAUAAAAAAGGC